AUGUCGAUGUUGUCGAUUAAGCCAGUGGUGAUCAUGGGUGCUACUGGUACAGGCAAAACCAAGCUAUCAAUUGAUGUAUCCAAGGUGAUCAGCGGUGAAGUGGUAAACGCCGACAAGAUGCAGAUCUAUUCUGGCCUUGACAUCACCACCAACAAGCUCUGCCUAAAUGAUCGACAUGGUAUUCCUCAUCACCUCAUCGGGGCCAUUUCGGAAAUUACCGAUGAUGUUUCUAUACCUCUCUUCCGAUCUGCUGUGACCAAAAUUACUGAGUCUAUUGUUAGGCGGGGUCACAUACCAGUUCUGGUAGGUGGAUCGAACUCACUAAUCCAUGGAUUCCUUGUUGACAAGCUUGAUGCCUCCCUCAUUGACCCUUUUGCAGUAGAGAGUUACCGACCAACUUUAAGGUUCCAAAGCUGCCUUCUAUGGAUCCAGUGUGAUGAGGUAGUCCUCAAGAAAUACCUCAGUCGUCGGGUUGAUGAUAUGGUUGAUGCUGGUUUGGUCAAGGAACUGAAAGAAUAUUUUGAUUCUGUAUCAAUUCAUGAGUCUGUUGGUUACAGCGGCCUGGCUAGGACAAUCGGUGUGCCCGAACUAAGAGAGUAUUUUGCGGGAUGCAAGAGCCUCUGUGAUUCUAUAAAAGAGAUGAAAUCCAAUACAUAA